CUCAACCUACCUAGCUUAUUUGCUCUCAAGAAAGACCUCUUACUUUCCUUUUUCGAGGCAGUCCAGAGCCAUACCCCUCCAGAUUUCAAUGUGUUUCAUUGCAACGCCCAGUCAAUAGGGUCGUCCCACCUCUCCCAUAUGUUCCUUGCCAGUUGCAACAUGUCUGUGAUAUCCAGCAAGACCCGAUCUUUCCCAUCCCGUGCACGUCAGAACCUGAUGGCCCUCAUGCCUUCCUCCUCCUCAGUCAAGCAUGUAGCAACUAACCUGCUAGUCAUUUCAGCCCUUUUAGCCCUGACCGGAACCACGGCCCAAGGCAAGUUUUUGGCGGGUAAAAUACCUCCAAAUGAGUUCGAUUUGGUCGAACUGAACGGCUUCCACAAGCCCACUGAUGCCAUCCAGUUGUGUGAGGACCAUGAACAUUGCGCCGGGUUCACCUACCGGGGCUUGGUCAACAACACCAAGUUCCCCGAGCUCACUUUCGAGACCUACUUCUUUCGCUAUGUCCCGUUUGUAGACAGUCAGAAGCCCUACUUUAAUUGGGUGUCCUACAAGACCUUGAGAACUUAUGCCGUGUAUAAGGGCAGUUUUCCAGGUACGUCGGUCAAGACCACGAUUGAAGGCGAGGUCCUGGAACCAGGGCAGCACAUAAGUCCCAAUGUGGCCGCCUUGGUGACUGAUGCCGUCACGGGGGAGGUCGAGGAACGACUGUCGGACAUCAAUCUGGCCAAGUUUGUUCCCGACCAAUUGAGAAUCACGUAUUUCAACUUCAAUGUCGACCCCGAGAAGGUUCGGGAUACUUCUAUGAAAAUGGACCUGUGCUGUCCCACUCAUGACUUUGAAAAGAACAUCACGGACUGGAAGAACACGAUCAACGACGGCCUGGACCGCGUUUCCUGUGACAUUGACCCCAUGGAAUUCGUAGAGAAAUACGUGCUACCCAGGAAACCCUGUAUCCUAGUAGACUGUAUCAAGAACUGGGAGUCGACCAAAACGUGGACCAUCCGCAACCUGCUCGGUCGAUAUGGGCAGAAUGGCACGUGGAAGACGGACAUAUCCUAUGAUGACUUUUCGCAACUCAACGGCAUCGUCCUCAACAAGGAGGAAGACGACUUUCCUUUGGAUGACCCCGAUUUUGACAAGAACUCGAUUGAGGACGCCCUGUUGACUGGGGAUGAAAUUCUAGCCUUGAUGGGGCGGAAUGUGACGGUUCGGAUCUUUGAACGUUUGGGAGUGGCCGCCCGUCGGUCGAGGAUGGCUGGCAGUAGCCUUAAAUCUGAUCUGUAUCACGAUUGGGCCUGGCCCAAGCCCAUUCCCACGGAUCUAUUCAAACCUGCAUUUGGAGGAACAGACUAUCAAUGGGUUAUCAUGAGUCAAGCCACAACCGGAACACACGUCCAUCAUGAUCCCGAGCUGACCGACGCGUGGAACGCCCUUCUUUAUGGACACAAGGCAUGGGUACUGUUUCCCGCUGACGUGUAUGCUGAAGAUUACGAGUGUGACGAUUUUUGCUCGCCCAAAUUCGAUCCCUUGUUUGCCGUGUCCUGGUGGACCCACGUGGUUCCCCAGUUGAGAGAGGAGACUUGGUAUGGGAAGCGGAUUAUCGAGACGGUUCAAAAGCCUGGUGAGAUCAUCUACGUUCCACAUGGAAUGGGCCAUGCAGUUCUUAACAUUGACGAGAAUCUCUCCAUCACGGAGAACUUUCUCCACGUGGGUGCCAUGGAUGAAUUGGCCAAGUACUACGUCUUCGAGCAAAAACCGAUGCAAUACGACGUGGAAAACGCGGCCAAACGCACGUGGAUGAAUCUGGUUAACCGAGACAUUAAGGACAAACGCCACCGGCGCUAUGCCAAGGCAAUGCUUCAACAAAUCAAGGGUCUGAAUGAAAUAUCCGUGUAGGCUGGGCAUGAAACCUAGCAUUGCUUCGUAGAUUUACCUUAUGAAGACGAUUAUAUGCUUAAAUAAACGGACCAAAGUAGUUACAUA